UCGAACAGCGAGAGAGCGUUCAACUGCGCCUUGAAUUAACGUUUUCUUUCGGGAAAAAUAUUGACUAUUUGUAUUUUUGCAAAGUGUUAGGAGGUAAAACGGAAUAGUGAUUUUGCGUUACUGGCAAGACAUCUGUUGGUAUAGUGAAAAGUAUGGCAAAAGAAAUUGGCGCCUCUUCCUGUAAAAGGAGUACGCGACGUAUUCUUAAAAUAUUUUUCCUGAAUUUCUGGAUAAUAACGUUAAGUUCACAAGCGAAUGGUAAAGUGACGGACAUUUGUUACGGCGGUCCUAAAGAAGAUCGCCGUUUGGAAAGUAAUGCCACGAUCUCUCUUAAGCUAGUUCAUGUGAACUUUGCUAUUGAGUGCAUUCUGGAGUGUGCACAGGAUAAAACAAGAUCUUGUAGAUCGGUUAACUACAAAAUAUACUCAAAUUCUGAAGGAGAACUAAAUUGUGAACUACUUAAAGUCGAAGAACAAGAAGAGAAUUUAAAGAAGAACGAGAGUUAUGAGUACUAUAUUGUCCAAAACAAUAGAAAAGUUGCUGAUCAUUUCCAAUCAAAUCCUAAGCCUUCGGCAACGGAAAAAACACUCGAAACAGGUAAGACGUGUAGAAAGCAUACAUUCGGUCAAAUCGCGAAAGUGUUUCUUCAAGCUUUGCUUUCCACAUGGAGGCAGAUUUCCAUUGUUAAACCAGGCCUUCAUCACUGCAAUUGA